UGUACACGCUGAAGGCGCCACGUCGGCAAAGCACAGUCAGAGAGAAAAGAGAGCUGCGUAUGUGUCCCUCUCUGUAACAGUUAGUUAAGAGAAGUUAAAAAGCUGCCAGUACAUGCGUUAAAACCGAGAAGAAACGGCCUUCAACACUGCAAAGCCGCAGCGUUUCUCCGAGAAACACAUUAGUUAAACAAACUCGCGCACAGUUUGGUUCGGAGGCUCAAACAGAAGCUGCGCCAGGCUCCAGUUUGUUAACCAGGUGUGAGGAGAAGAGACACGGGGAACAAUGGUGAAGAAUGUGAACAACGUUAUCGUGGAGCCCCACCCUGGGACCAGCAUGGCCACAGACGAAGCUGAACCCGCCCACAGCCAGCCUACAGAGGACUCUGGCAAGGACCAUGAGGUGGCUCCCCCUAGCAUGAUGUGGCGGGUGACUGGUGGGCUUUUCAAUGUCACCAAGGGCGUUGUUGGCGCAGCAGUGGGUGGAGUGGCCUGGGUGGGAGGCAAGAGCCUGGAGAUUACCAAAACGGCUGUGACCACCGUGCCUUCGAUGGGUGUGGGACUGGUGAAGGGUGGCGUGUCCGCCGUGGCUGGUGGUGUCUCUACAGUGGGUUCGACGGUAGCCAAUAAAGUCCCGUUCACUGCCAAGAGGAAAGACAAGGCUGAGUGAAGGAUACGGGGACGAGGAGGAUGAUAAAUGAUGGUCUUGCCCCGGCCUGAGCCAACAGAUAAAGGCUGCCAACCAAACUUUCACAGUGCCUUCUGAUGCCAUUUUUGGCCUUGAACAUCAUAGUUCUGUCUCUAUAGAGUCCUAGACUUUGAUGGUAAUACUACAAUCAUCACAAUCAAGCCUAAUAGUUCCAUUGUACUACUUUACCAUAACAACCCAUAAUUACCAGCUAGAAAUGCUGAGUCACAGAAAUGCUUCAUACAAUCCUCUCCCAACAGGGAGUAUGGUUUGUAUGGCUGGAACUGAGUAUCUGUCUCCAGGAAGAUUACAUGGACUGGGAUCACCUUAAGCAUGUGGUGAACUUCUUGAUGCUGUUGAAUAUUUUUUAUCUGUUUACAAACCAGACUGUUGCUUUUCACUUAUUUUCUUCACUCUUUGCAGUCUACAUACAUUUGUUGAAAUGUUUUCUGAAUUAAGAUGCUGAUUUUUAGUCCUUUUUUUUCCUUUUCUUUUCUUUUGCAAUAGUAUUGACGUGAUAUUGAAAUCUCUGCAGAAAAAAAUACUAUGUUGUGAAAAGUAAAACAUUUGUUUAUUGGAAGUGAGGAGUCAGCAUUGUUGUUCAGUCCACAUCCCUCACUGCGUCUGACCUGUAUCCCUUUGAAAAGCCCAGGAAGGUGUUUUGUCCAGCAUGUCUGAAGACUGUAGGCACAAUCACAUGAACAUCAACACUGGGCACAGGGCUUUUCCACAGCUUCACUCUUUCUGAAAUGUCUUUCUGUGUUUCUGAAAUAGUAAAAAUGCUGCAUCAGACCUGAACAAGUUCCGUUUGUGUAAGAUUUAAGAAGAAAGCGUUCAGUAGCGUUCAAAUCGGUGUGACAGUUGUGUGAGGGUAAAAAGCCAAAUGGAGUCAGACAGUAAAGGUCGAACUGCACCUAUGAACUAGAAGGUGAUCACUGUACUGUUGUGCAGGUAUCUUUUGUGAACAUUUAUAUGCAAUAUCAGCAUUUCAGUGCAACAUUUGGAGUGGAUGGGAGUAGUUGCUGAUUGGAAUUAACUAUGUGAAUGUCUUGUAUGUGUUCUGUUUUUCAGUAUAUCAAUAAAAGUAGUUUGGAAGUUAAA